CGAAAGUGGGUGGGCACGGUUAGUCUAAAGGCGGACUUGGAGCGUGAUGCUCUUAAUUAGGCUGCAUUGCGGCUAAGCAUUUGGGUGAUUAGUUCCACUAAGCUACAAUAGGUCAAGGCAAGGGUACUUGCGCUUUCGCUUGUGUUGUUUCAAUAUCAGCGGUGAUCAGUAGCGCUACGAUGCUGCAAAAGUCACUGUACAUCAAUCCGUGCAGGAAGCUGCUGCUGUGCUUCUUGGAGGCUUUGAUGACUAGAACUGGCGCAACAGGUACGAUACCAGUGAUUGCGCCUAUCAAGUCCAUCUUUUACCAUCUAGUGGGGCAGCUCGGUCGAGAUCGCGACAGGAAGAGUUAUAAUACCUUGCAAUUUAGUAAGCUGGCGAAGUCGAGAAGCACAUUGGCGCAAGAAUGACAUGCUUGGAGGGCAGGUAUUGGGACAUGUGUUGAGAAGACACAGACAAACGGGGCACAAGGUGUCGCACCCCUGACCGUGGGGCACAGCAAUGCUCGGCAUGUGCAAUUCGUAUGUACCGCAAAAUGUGAGGCAGCGG